UGCGUUGCUUUUUGUUCCGUUUCGUUUUGCUGGGAUAAAAAGAGGGAUGGUAAGCGUGCAGAUGUGAGGGAGGAGAAGAUAACGGAGUAUCAGUGGGAAAUACGCACGUAAGAGAGAGAAAGAAAGAGGGAGGGAGAGACGAGAGAGGGAGAGAGAGACAGAGCGCGGAUUUUGCCAGGCACCCCUGGUGUGAGGCUUGUGCCUGCAUACUUGUCAGCUCCACGCGCACGGGCAGGGUGUUAUAGACAGAAGUUAAAGAAAACCAAGGGAUAUGCGUUUAUGGCUGCAUGUCGACCGAGUACAGACGCGUUUCCAUAAUCCCAGCAGGUCUGUAAGCGAGUCGCAUGUUGUGUCGAUGAGCUCUUGCAGCAGCAGGGCUCUGACUCUGCUCUCCACAGUGUUUGGGGCGUGUGGACUGCUGUUGGUGGGGGUUGCCGUGGCGACGGAUUAUUGGCUGCUGAUGGAGGAGGGAAUCGUACUGCAGCAGAACCAAACUGUCGAUGUCAAGAUGGCAUUACAUUCGGGCCUCUGGAGAGUAUGUUUCAUAGCAGGUACAGAGAAAGGUAGAUGUGUGGCCUCUGAGUAUUUCACAGAGCCAGAGAUCGAAAUCACCACAGAAAACACUGCAAAUAUCCUCAAGAUGGUGCGGACAGCUACGCCCUUCCCUAUGGUGUCCCUGCUCUUCGUUUUCAUGGCUUUCAUCAUCAGUAACGUGGGCCACAUCCGUCCGCAGCGCACCAUCCUGGCCUUCAUUUCUGGAAUCUUCUUCAUCCUCUCAGGGUUGAGUCUGGUGGUGGGGUUGGUGCUGUAUAUCUCAAGUAUCAAUGAUGAAGUAAUGAACAGGCCGCGGGAACCAGAGCAGUUCUUCAACUACCGCUACGGCUGGUCCUUUGCAUUUGCUGCCAGCUCCUUCCUGCUCAAAGAGGGUGCUGGUGUGAUGUCAGUGUAUCUCUUUAUGAAGCGUUACACUGAAGAGGAAAUGUAUCGGCCUCACCCAGCUCUCUAUCGCCCCCGCCUUUCUGAGGGCAGCGACUACAGCGGACAGUACCUGCACCCAGAGACCUGGCCUCCCCCUCAGCGUGCUCGGAGUGCCUCCGAGAUCUCCAGUGACAUCUCCAUCCAGCUCACGCAGAACCCCCAGCCCCCGCCGAAGAUGAGUGGGCAGCAGAGCACAUCAUCUCCGGGAAUCACCGCUGCAUCCAGCCCCACCUCUGGAGCUGGAUACCAGCUGCAAUCAGCAGGUUCUGCAGCUUCAUUCCCCCACAACCAUCCCCUCCACCCUGGGGCGCACGGGGCAGCAUCCCAGACCCUGCCUCUGUCUGCGGCGCCCGCUGCAGUGCCGCCCCCACACUAUCACACACAUAUGCGCAUGAGCGCCUCACCAUGCUAAACGCAGACAGAACAGAAAGUUUAUAGAGUGUUUGUUUUUACUGAAAUAAUGAAUUAACAAUGAGAAACAGAAAUAUGAUGUAAGGUAAGAUGUAGUUUUUUAUAUGAGAAAAGGAAGUUACUGUUUGUAACAAAAGGCCUCUUUUUAAGACUGAAUGUUGUGAAAUUGUAGCAUAUUAAACUGCAAUGGAUCGAAUGAGGGUUCAUGCAGAACACUUGACAAUCGCACACAACAGAACUGACAAUUCAUGUAUUUAGACACACAUUAGAGCACAUAUGUGAACUAUUGCCUUCUUUUGGUGAUAGAAAUAUAUAUA